CAUGUCGGAGGUGCUGGUGGCUGCCGCCGGCUCCUGCUUCGAGCCCCCCGCGGCUGGGGAGCCGGGAGGCCGCCGCUGCUCCGUGUCCGAGGGGGACGCGCAGGGCCGCCGCUCACCUCCUGUUCCGCCUUCGGAGACUCCAGAGAAUGAAGAUUCAGCCCCAAAACCAGAAUCUGCAUCCCAGACAGUCGCCUCAUCAGUGUCCGAGGCCUCACAGUGCAGGCCGCAGAUUGGAUCACCUGAGAAUGUGCAUGCCGCAGAGGAUUCUAGAAAAGGUGAUGGUACGUCAGAGGACCAGGAUGUGGCCGGACAAGGAGAGAAGCUGGCAGACCAGAUCCAGCCCCCCAGGGAGGAGGCCGUAGUGCGGAUGACUAAGUACCGUGCCCCACAAGGACCAGGGGAUAUAGUCAUGAUACAGUCGGAACACACAGGUGCAGUGGAUGUCCUCUCUGCAGAGCUGGAGACUGCGGACCUCCUUGGUGAACAGAGAAAAGCUCAGCCUCCUCCUCUGGCUCCAGCCUCCACUUGGACCACUUGCAAGAUAAGGGAAUUCAAAGCCAAAAUGGGAAAGGAGAAGAAUGCUCAGAUGGUGGUGAAACGGGGUGAAGUAGUGACAGUCCGGGUGCCAACACACCCAAAUGGGAAGCGUGUUUGCUGGGAGUUUGCUACGGAUGAUUAUGACAUUGGCUUUGGGGUCUAUUUUGACUGGACUCCUGUCACCAGUACUGCCAUUACUGUUCAAGUCAGUGAAUCAAGUGAUGAGGAAGAUGAAGAGGAAGAAGAUGAGAUCGAAGGACUCACCCCCGUUGGAGAUGUGGAGAGGGGCUCUAAAAGCUAUCUACGAAACCGCUAUGGGGAGAUCAUGCCUGUGUACCGAAGGGACAGUCACCGGGAUGUGCAGGCAGGCAGCCAUGACUACCCGGGUGAGGGCAUCUACCUGCUCAAAUUUGACAACUCUUACUCCCUCCUGCGCAACAAGACUCUCUUCUUUCAUAUCUAUUACACCAGCUGAAGGAGUGGAGGGAGCAGAGACAGCAGGCAGGUAACACUGACCAAAGCAGGCUGCCAGCCGGGACUGGCACCCCCUAAUUGGCACUGCCCUAUGGCCAAGUGAGAGACCUGGCUCUCUGCUCUCCUGUGGAUAAGAACAGGUUUUCCCCCAUUCCCUCCCAGCUUACUCACAGGAAACGGUAGCUGUGGCUGCUCAGUCGUCCAAAGGCAACUCCUCUCGCUCUAAAUUUCAGGAAGCCUGCUCUGUGAAGGCAUCAGGCUGGGACUUCUCAUUACAGCCAGUAAAUUGUCAGAGCGCAGAUUCAGGUGGCAGCGUUUUUCUGUUGCACUUGUAUAACUGAAGCUGAAAUACCCUUUUAUUUAAAAAUCCUCAAACUCUCCUGCGGUGGUGUAGUUAUGUCACAAGUGCCAGACCCAAUCGCGUGAAACCUUUAUUUUGGAGCCUUGCAGAGAUAAUCAAUAAGAUCAUCUCCAUAGGAAAGGGAAAGCAGGUGUGGCUGGGGAGGUGGAUACAGAUCAUCCUGACAGUGGGGAUGUGUGAAACUCCUGUCACCAACAAAAGUUUCUCUUACCUGUGGGGAAAAUUGAGCUGCAGCCUCGUGUGUUAAUGUAAAACUGUUAACAAUCCCAGGUCAACACACUUUGAAUCUGAAAAAUAUGGGAUCAGCCUUUCCCUUAUGUACCCACCUGGAGUUAGUGAGUCCCUGAAGUCAUUGCUAACUCCUAACACAUCAGGGAAUGCAGCUCCCUGGCCCACCUCAGGGGUUAGCAAUGACAUUAGUGGUCAGCCUGUGCUCAGCUCUUGGCAGGAAUAAGCAAGGAUCACAGUUGGGUUUUAAAGGGUAUUUAUUUGUAACUCUUUAAGAUUCGAAAUGAGUAUUUAUUUGAUUUUAUUCAAUAACAUUUCCCUUCAAUGUAGCUGCUGAAUUUGCUCUGUGGUGCGUCUGUUUGGAGUUAGACUGGCUUUGUGCAUGAUGAUUCUGGUGAAGUUCCAGUCUGACACCCUCCAGAUAUUGCUCUUCUGUGCAGAUACAGCCCUCACUGCAGAUGGGGUUAGUGUUGUCGUGUAUAAAGUCAGUCUUCACCCUCCGAAGAAGCCCAGUAAUUCCCUGGUGAUUCCAUACGCCUUGAUUCAGACCCUCCUUUUUAUCUGCUCUGCCUACUUAAGCACUCAGGAGCAAUGGGUAGGUCAGGGAGGUAAGAGCAGAGGGAGGUGUACAGUUGAGCAGCCCUUGUCAGUCUGCUGCUUCAACAGUAGUGGGUGCGAAGGGCAAGGCAGCCUAGGCUCAGGCACCAACAUGUGUUUUUGUUUUUCAGGAGAGGAAGGGGGCAGGGAGCACUACUGCUGUGCUAAAAGAGGAGGGAUGAGAAGCAGGGCUGCUCCUCCUUUAGGAAGCACAGAGGCAAGGAGGGAGCAGCUGUAGCUCUUUUUCUCUUCCCAGGAAGGGAGAGGGGAGUGAAGAGCAGAGUGGCCCAGACCUGGAAGAGCUGGAAGGUAAAGUAGCCUCCUAAUUCCAGGUAGCAUCAGUGGAGGUGCCCUGCAAGGAGGAAGAGAAGCAGGAUUUUUUUUUUUUUAAGGGUAGGGCCCUCCCUUCCCUUCUGAGCAGCCUGGGCGGGGGCUCCUCUCUCCCUGACCCCCUAGCAGCCUGGGCAGGGGUGCCUACUUCCUCCCCAAGCCCUCUUUGAAGUGCCAGGUCAGACACCUCCCUCUCAAGUUGCUUCCAUCCACAACCUCUCCUCCCCCACCCCCCAACCCCCCGGGCCUGAUCAGCUAAUGCAAGGAACCCCUCUUUUACUCAGUCUGGCUCUCAACUUCCUAAACAGAUGUGGAGCAGAGUCCUGCCCCAUCCCUUAAAUAUUCUGCUUCUGACUGCAAAUCUCCAUGUCCCCUGUUCUGCCCCCCCUCCCCCCCGGCUGUGCAAUGCAUCAGUGACUGCUAUGUAUUUGGCCCUUUGCUACAUAUUUUGGAGGGUCCUGCAUGCAUCUGAAAGACUAGAGGAAUGAGUGAUGCACUGUCUAGGCCAUCAGCUGCUGUCUGAAACAGGACUUAGUAAAUAAGGAAGACACGUCGUCUGACCUGUAUAUAUACCAGGUAUUCUAGAGACUGCUGAUGUCAUUGAUUUUCAUUUGGAGAGCUCUACUCAGGGCCAGUGUUCUAGAACUGUCUCCAGGAUAAAUUGUUCCCCUUUAGCCAAUAAGAGACUGUUUCCUUUCUAGGUAAUUGGCAGCUGCUCCAAAUAGUCCUUAGCUAAGGUGGCUGUACAGUAGAUGGGAAUCCCAGUGUUCAGUCCUGGCCUUCUGAAAUAGAGACAGAUCUUUCUUUUGAGGCUCAGUCCACUUCAUCAGAUUUGCCCCCUUCUUGCCUCCUUGAUUAAGGACAAAUGGUCCUUGCAUAUGGUGUGCAGUCCCAAACUGGUAUAUGUGCCAGUCUUAUUACCUCAUUGUGUCUAUAGCCAUGUUUGCUGCUGACUGCAGCAAAAGGGCCUUGACACAUCUUCCUUCAUUGUUGAUAUUUCACCAGAGUAGCUUGUAUUUCCCAUAAACACUACACAGCUGAAAGUGGAGAAUAUUUAAUCUACAAUAAUUAAAGCUUCACAGCUUCCAGGAUAAGUCACACUUUUCUUUGGUCUUUCAUUUCCAAGUUAUGUGAACAUAUUGGUGACCUUGUCACCCAGGUACUGAAUGAAAAUAUAUGGGUGACUGACUGAGAACCACUUAUCUUUGGAAUGGUCUGCAGUUGUCACUAAUUGUUCUUAAUAAAGCCAGUAACUCAGCCUUUAGUCUUGUUAAGAUACUUUAAUCAAGUCUCUAGCAGAAAGCAUAUCCAGUUAGCAAGGAAAGGACACUGUAUAGCCAGUGGCUUACAGCAGUUAUUUCCAUUCAGUGUAUGGCAUCUUAAGCCCCAGUCAGAUCAAAGGAAUAACCUCCUCUCCCUGUCUCACUCCUCGCUAAGCUACAGCUUCCUUGGUACCUCUGCCCACAAUACCUACUAGGCUUGUAUCCUGCCCCGGUACCUAUAGCUGAAGCAGUGUUGGGGAGACCUCCAUUCUGAUUGCAGACAUGGGGAGCUGUGCCUCCUCAGUCUGAGACGAAAAGUGAAUUCUGAAAUGGAUUCUAGUUUUGCAUGGCAGUUAGUAACCUAAAAAUAUUCACUUUUGAGGAAAGUUCCUAACUUGUUUCCAUGGAGUGAUGCUUUUGUGUGUUUUCCUCUCCUAGUUUGUGGCUAGAAAAAACUAAAUCUCACCAGAGGGAAAAAAAAAUUAUAUUUGGCGAAGUGUUUGUCUUUCCUCCUGUGUGUUUUUGUGACUGAAUGUGAAAUUAAUUACUGUUUUUUUGUAUGUUCACCUGUAUUAUGAAUGUUAUACACACCUGGGUGAGUUUGCAUAGUAGUUUCUAUGGCACAUUCAGCAAGGGAGAGCAUGGAAAAACAUAGCUUUUUGUGCAGGUCAUACAUAAAAAACAACUCUUGUACUUAAAUUUACAACAGUGGAGACAUAAAAUCCCUAGCACAGGGGUCAGCAACCUUUCAGAAGUGAUGUACCGAGUUUUCAUUUAUUCACUCUAAUUUAAGGUUUCACGUGCCAGUAAUACAUAUUAAUGUUUUUAGAAGGUCUCUUUCUAGAAGUCUAUAAUAUAUAACUAAACUAUUGUUGUAUGUAAAGUAAAUAAGGUUUUUAAAAUGUUUAAGAAGCUUCAUUUAAAAUUAAAUUUAAAAUGCAGAGCUCCCCAGACCGGUGGCCAGGACCCAGGCAGUGUGAGUGCCACUGAAAAUCGGCUCGCAUGCCGCCUUUGGCACACGUGCCAUAGGUUGCCUACCCCUGCCCUAGCAGAUUGUAACAAUGUCAAAGGAAGUCAUAAAUUACCCACAACUCCCUCUUCCCUUCUCCAUUGCGCAAGAGUAUUGAGAGCAGUAGAAAUCCAGGUAGUGUGUAUUGCAUUUAGGUCACAGAAUUAAAACUCUUGGGGCCUGUUUAAACUGAAGUCAUUGGCAAAAUUUCAUUGACUUCAAUGGCAGCAGGAGUAGGCCCUUGGUUUUCAGACUACUUGGAGGCCUGUGAUCUGGACCCUUCUGAAGGGUUAUUUGUAGGGUUUUUUGUGCCACUUCUAGGGCAGACACUUUAAUAUUCGGGGCCUGUUAAAUAACUGUGGCAUCAUGUUACGUCUCUUUUGAAAUGUUAGAGCUGGGAUGAAAAUGCACAUUCAGACCUUGAGAGAGAAAAUUUAGAUGUCUGUUUUUAGCUUUUUAUGUGGGAGUUUCUUAGGACUUUGUCUAUUCUAGAAAUUAGAGAACUUCCUGGCCAAAGCUCUGCCUCCUGUCUCACUGCCUGUGAAGUAAGUGUGUGUGUGUGUGUGUGUGUGUGUGUACGCGCGCCUCCAGUGGGUAAGUGUACAGAAACAGUACGUGUGGCUGGACUUGUGGAGCUGGGUAGGAGAUAAGUGGGGGAGCCAUGUUACCUGUCCAGUGGCUGUGCCUUGGUGGCUCUGGAGCAGGAAGGAGCUCAUUAGAUAGCUUUUCAGGGUGGGGUUUUGGGAGGGAUCUCUAUUCUAGUAUGCUUGCAUCCCAGUUGGAUUUUUUUCUUUUUUCUCCUCUCUCCCCCCCCCCCCCCCCCCAAAGCCAUUCCCUAAGGAUUUAUCACAUGGUGCCUUGAAACAAGAGGGAGUGAAACCAGAGCCACAGACUUUAUUUACUUUCCUCAGAUCCUUAAUUGCAAGGGUUUCCUCCCCCUCACUUUUCCAUCUACCUUCCAAAUAGCACACCUAGAAGUCAGGCUGGUGAUCCCUUAUAGCCUGUCACAGUUUCAGGGUAACUGCACCUGUAUCCACACCCCCCACUGUGCUCCACCCCAGGAGUGCCCAAUCAGGUCUCCAGCUGUCACCUGUCUCUGGGCAAGGACUCUUGUCCCACUCCCUUUUCACUGGAGGUUUUAAGGCUACACAUGUCCUUGCCUUACACUGUGAUAUCCCCAGUAAACCAGUCUGCCUAACAGCCAGUGCCUGUGUUGCUUUCUCUCUGUGGGCUAUGAACAGUGCAUUGCCAGCAGUUAUGAGUUACCACACAGCUCUUUCUAAGCAAGCACCUUUUUUAAGCUAAAAGCAUUACAGAGCAAACCUAUAAAAACAAUAAAUUCCUAUUCACAUGCUAAAAGCUUAUCAGAGGUUACUCUGAUCAGUCCUAGGGGGCCCUAAUAGGCCAAAGUCUUUCCAACCUUCCACAAGGAUUGGGGCUUCCCUCAGAUAUAAGGGAAGGAUCCUGUUUGCAGGAUCAGAAAGGAGGGCUGAGUUGGUUUAAACCCAGCUGUUUUAUAUCAAAAGUCCUUUCUUUGUCUGUCUCCCAGUUUGAACCAGUAAGUGUGCAAGCCUCCCCAGGGGUGGUAUCUCUUUGCAGGUGUUUACAAUCUAAGUCAGGGGUUGGCAACCUUUCAGAAGUGCUGUGCCGAGUUUUCAUUUAUUCACUCUAAUUUAAGGUUUCACGUGCCAGUAAUACAUUUUAAUGUUUUUAGAAGGUCUCUUUCUAGAAGUCUAUAAUAUAUAACUAAACUAUUGUAUGUAAAGUAAAUAAGGUUUUAAAAAUGUUUAAGAAGCUUCAUUUAAAAUUAAAUUGAAAUGUAGAGCCCCCUGGACCGGUGGCCAGGACCCAGGCAGUGUGAGUGCCACUGAAAAUCAGCUCACGUGCCGCCUUUGGCACGCGUGCCACAGGUUGCCUACCCCUGACCUAAGUAAUUUAUCUUAAUCACCCCCACUGUUUUUGGUUCCUCAAGGAGCUGUGAUGACCUCCCACCAGAAGUUUCAUAUAAUCCCUGGCCCACAGUGAUAUAUAAACUUAAAACAAUAUGGUCCCCAAAGAUAUUGCAUGUGGUUGCAAUAUCUGUCACUCUGUUCCUGGCAGAUUAAAACUGCCUUAACUGAGACCUUCUCACCAAGGAGCUGAGGAUUACAACUGAAAGCCUGAGCUCUCUGGCAUCACAGGGCCUUUGCCUUCAAAAGGUGUCUUUGCUACUAGUGGGCAUGCAUACAGGAAUACCUCAGUGUUAUUUUUUCUUGAGGGAGCUGUAGAUGCAUGGAUGCCAAGGCAGUUAUAAUGAGGAGGACUUGUGACCAUGCUAACCGAACACAAAAAUAGCAGAUCUUGUGGCCAUUCAGCCCUCCCCUAGUGGAGUUUGUGAAUCCAGAGUUGGAGUUGAUAUGUGCUGCUGUGUACUAUGGAACUAGAUGAAGGAUCAAAGCUGCAAAAAUCUCUAAAUUGUAGAUGACUUGUUCUCCUUUCCCAUACUUGGUAGAACCAUGGGAGCAGUGCAUUGUUAGGCAUAUCCAUAUUAAGAGGGCAUGCAGAUCGAAUAGGGACAGUCAUUGAAAUUGUACCAUGGUAAAUUUAGAAUUGGCCUCAUUGACAAGAAUUUAGCAAGAUUCAAAGAGUGAUGGGACACUUAUGGAUAACAAGAAUGUCCAGGAUUAUUGCAAUAAAUACUACAUUUAAAAUGAAGUUCUAGAAGAGAUCAAACACCACACGCUUCAGGGCUCAAAUCAAUCUGUUACUAUCUGGAGUUGGGAGGAGACUUCCUAAAGGGACAGGCUAUCCCCUUGUUUGCCUACUAAGAAGUUUCUUGCACCUUCCUCUGAAGUAUCUGGUGUGGGCUGCGGCUGGAGACAGGAUACCAUGUGAGAAGGUCUGAUCCAGUAUGACAAUUCCAUAUAUUCUGGUCUCCUAAUUACCUGUGACUUCUGGAAGUAUCAGCUGAAGAAAUGUGUACUUCCUCUCCUUUCUGACAGUGUAAGACUCUGUGAUUCAUAUGGAAUAAGAAUCUGAUUUGUGACUGGCUAGAAUGGAUGAUGGGUUCAGUCCUUUGGGCAAAAGUGAGAUUCACAAAUUGAGAUGUUAGAUGCCAGCCAUCAUGCCAGGAGCUAAUGAGCCAUUGCCAAGUGACCACUUUGAAUUUUAGUUACUUUUGAAAACUUUCAGUGGUUGAAGGCAACCUCCAAGAGGCCUCUAAGGUACCCUCAUGACAGCAGUCUACAAGAUGGAAAGGC